AUGAAGGAAUAAAUCUUAAUAUUUGGAGAGGCAAUUAAUUUAAAUAAAGAUAAAUCUGCAAAAUAAAGCUUUUUCUUAAGAUAUAUAUAAUUUAUUAACUAAUUGGGAUAUAACAUAAAAGCAUUUGAAUAAUUGAAUAUCUAAAAAAUUUAUGAGAUAGAUUAAAAGUAAUUAUUAUCAUAUUAAAACUAGUUCUUAAAUAAACCUUUAAAAAAGUGAAAUAAAUUAUGGAGAACCAAAUAAUAGUUUAGAUUAGAAAAGUUACUCUGGGUAAAAAUUUUUAAAUGAUUAGUAAUUGAAUGAAUUUAACAAAAUUAAAGUUGGUAAAUUGAAUAUAAUCAGAUAAAUAAAGCUCAGAUUAAUCUCAGAGAAUAUUAAAAAUUCUAUGAGUAAUGCUUUCAAAAAAUAAAAUAAUCUUUAAGAAAAUAUAGAACAUGCUGUAAAUUUAUUCAUAAUCUCCGAAAACGGAAAUAAAAAAUUAAAAUAAAAGAUUCUGAUGAGUUUAAACAGAAAAAGAUAAUUAUUUAAUAAUCUUGUUAUGAAUAAUAUCAAAUUGUUUACAGAAGCAAAAUAAUUAUUGAUUAAAUUAAAAAAAAUCGAGAGAUAAUUAGAUAAAUUAUAUGAUUAAUUUCCAAGUAGAAAAAUGCAAGCUUUAAGUGCUUUUUUUUAAGCAGAAAUAAUGAAUAACUACUUUAGUGCUUACAAAAUUUCAAUGUUAGCUUCAAUUUCCGAUGAAAAGCUUUUGAAAAUGCAAUCUUAAAUAUCAUUAGAUCUUUUCUCAAACAAAAUUGAGUAUUUAAUUUUUGGGUUUGAUUAACAUUGUCAUCGUUUAAAGAUCUAAUAAACAAGUAAUCGAAUUCAUUAAUUUUUCGGAUAUUCGUUAGAAUAAUUUAUAUCAUAAGAUUUUAUUGAAUUUAUAUUACCUCAAGGCUUUCAUAUAAUUCAUUAAAAUUUAGUUUAAAAUUUUUUAUAAACUGGUGAAUCAAAAUUCUUUAGAUCAAUAAAUUUGAGUUUCUGUUAAACAAUCAAUAAAUUUAUGAAACCUUUAGAUUUUUUUUUUGAUAUUAAUUUAGCGAGUUUUGAUGAUUUAAGAUUCAUUUCAUUUUUAUAAGAAACUUAAAUAUAAUCUGCUUAUUUAUUUUGUUGUUAAAACAAUAGAAUACAAUCAAUGACAAAAAAUAUAGUAUAAAAAUUAGGUGUUCCAUCAAAAUAUGGAUAAUAACUUGUGAAUCUAUUGUUAAAAUAAUAAAUUACAAAAUUUUUUCCUAAAUAUCACAAUAUUUAUGAAUCAUUUAUAACAAGAGGAUCUAUAUUAAAUAAGGAUUAAUUUGAAUAAACAAUUUAAGAUGAUAAAUAAAGUUAUUUUGACAAAAGCGAAAAUUAAAUAAUAAUGAACAUACCAGAACUGUAGAUAUUAGAAAAUUAGUAAAAAAUUAAUUGGAAUGAAAAUGAUCAUAUACAUUAAUUGUAUGUAGAUGUAGUUUUUCACCUAAGAAAUGUUUAAUAAGAUAUUUUUGAAUAUUUAAUAGUAGAAAUAAGAGAAGCUAAAAAGAUGACGAAUACAGAACUAUCUACUCCUUAUUAAACUGAACGACCAUUAAGUACAAAUAAUAAUCUUGAAUAUCUUGUAUAACAAUCAGAUUUUGAUAAUAACUUUGGGAUAAUUGAAGACAAUGAAAUAUAUUAAAUUAAUACACCUCAAGCAUUAGAAUUGGAUAAUUUUGAUUAACAGAUUCAUUUUGGAUAAAGACUUAAAAUUUCUCAUAACAGUUAACAUUUGUAUCCUAACAUUUCAAUAGUAUUAGCGAGUCCCAAAGAUAGCACAGUUAGACUUAUAGAUGAUAAGCCAGAAAUAAGUUUAUAAAGAGAAGUAAAUUAAAAAGUAAAAAAUUUGAAAAAUAAAUAAUAAAAUUAAUACUUUUUUGCACAAUAAUAAAAAGAAGAUUAAGAUUCAAGUAAUUACAUAAGUAGUUUGCGUCCUAAUUAACAAGACGAAAAUAACCAGCUUUAAUUAGUUGGAAUAGAUUAAGAAGUGUAAAAUAGAAUUAAGUUACAAAUUUAAGAUGAUAAUAUUGAAAAUAAUUAGAUUCUACAAAGGAAAUAAGAUGGAUCAGAAACAAGCUCUUUAGGUGAUAUCAAAAAAUCUAAAUAUUCAAAGAAAUAUAUAUUAAUACAAAAGAUUAUAAGUUCGCCAAAAUUUUCGCAUCAUUUUAAUAAAAUGAAGUACAUAUUAAGUUUGUUGUUUUUAAAUUUUGUAAUUUUUGGUUUAGUUGAGGUAUACUUUUUAAAUUCUGAUUUACCAUAGUUUUUAAAGGAAUUAGAUUUAUUAUAAAUAAAAGUCAAUAUCAUAGGUCCUAUAGACAAUUAUAUUGUUGGAUAGAAUGAUGUAGUAAAUUAUUAAAUAUUGGUGCUUCAAAAAAAAAUGACAGAAAUAGAAGCUUAAAAAAAUUCAAUAUAUUCUGUAAAUGAAAUAAAUUACACAUUUUAUGAAUUAAAAACUAGCUUUGAAAAUUAAUUGCAAAAUCCUUAUAUAGACCCUUUUUUUGAGGAUAGAUAUAUAGAUGUAUGGAUGGCAAAAUAUCCAAAUUUAGUGAGCUAUAAUAUUAGAGUAAGAGAAGCUAUUUAGUUGGAACUUGAAGCAGCUUUGAAUUUUAUUUAGAUAGAUUUUUUAAGAGCAACUAACAUAGAUUUCACAUAAGGGUUUUUUGCAUUUUUAUUUAAAAAUUAUUAAUCUUUAAGACAUUUAUUUUAAAAUUUGAAUGAAGAAAUGUUGGACUAUUCUACAAAUAGAUCUACAUUAGUAUCUAAAAAUUGGCAUUAAUUAUUAAUUCCAAUAUUAAUUAUUGGUUCUUGUUUAAUGAUGGCAUCAAUGAUUUUUUAUAGGAUCUACCUUUAACAAUAUGAUAGAUUUUUACAAUUAUUUUCUUAUAUUGAUAGUGUUUGGAUACAAAAUGAUAUAGCUAGAUAUAGGGGAUUCGUAGGUUUACUAAACAAGAACUAAGAUGUUCUAUUUAAAUAUUAAUUUGAUAUAGAGACAAAAGAGAAAAUAAUAUAAAAUGAAGAAGAAAAGAAAGAAUAAUAAAGAUAAAAUCAAACAUAGUAAAAAGAGAAAUAAAAUUUAGGAUUCAUAAGAUUAUCAUAGAAAAUGAGUUAUAUACCAUCAACAUUAACUUUUUUACUUAUUUAUGGGGUAUGUUUCAUUUUUUGCUUCAUUUCAAAUUCUUUGGGAUAAAAUUAUUAUUAAAAAUAUCCUGAAACAACAAAAUUUUUUAAUUUAUUGUCUGAUUUGAGUAUGGCAAGUAGUGGAAUAUUCUCUAUGAGAGAAAUUAGCUACACUAUUUAAGGAAAUGACACUAUUUUUUAUUUUUUUCCUGAGAAAAAUGCUUCUUAUUUUAUUGAUGUUUUUUUUAAACAUGUUAAAGUAAUUGAUAAUUUUUUAGAAGGGUUUGCAAUUUUUGAUUCAUCAAAUUAUAUAACAUCAGAAAGAUUUGUUGCUAAUUUUUAUGAAUUAAUGAAAAGUGAUAUUUGCAUGUUUCUUCCUGAAGUAUUUAUAUAUAAUAAUUGAAAAUAGUAUAAAAUUUUUGGAGCUUAACAACACUGCAACUCAGCUUUAGAUGGAGUGAUGAGAAAUGGUAUGAUAUAAACUCUGAAUAAAGUAAGAAAUUAGUUAUUAAAUGAAUUUGAAUAAUCUAACAAUUUUUCAAUUGAAACUAUAAAUAUUUAAUCUGAUUUAGAGAUUGGAUUAAUAGCUUAUGAUGUUCUUAACGAUUUACGAGAUUAAUUUUAAAAUGAGUUAACUAAUACAACUAAUGCUUUAAUCCAAUAAGUUUUGGUAUAUUUAAAUAAAAUAUAUAGAUAAUUAAUAUUACAUUCAUAAUAUUAUUGA